AAGGCUUAAAUAAACAUCUCGCUUUUACGAGUAUCACAGUUGUGUUGUCGCAGUGUUAUCAGCUUUUUCGAGAUAUGGAAGAAUUGAUGUACCUAUCCGGCUUCGGAUCAGAGUUUUCGAGUGAAGAUCCGAGGAGGCCUGGUGCCUUACCGGUCGGGCAGAAUAGCCCUCAACGAUGUCCGUACGGUUUAUAUGCGGAACAGCUUUCUGGUAGCGCUUUUACUGCACCUCGUCAUGAAAAUAAGCGCUCCUGGUUAUACAGGAUCCGCCCAUCAGUCGUACACAAGCCAUUUAAGCGAGCUAAUAUUGCAAAAUACCUGACUCAUAAUUGGGAUGAAGCUGAACAGACUCCUAAUCAGAGUCGCUGGUUUCCCUUCGACAUACCCUCAGAUGAAAAGUUUGACUUCGUGGAGGGCUUGCACACGGUGUGCGGCGCUGGUGAUCCUCGCGCUAGGCACGGCAUUGCUAUCCACGUGUUCUUAUGCAAUACUUCGAUGGACAAUAGCGCUUUUUACAGUAGCGAUGGGGAUUUACUUAUAGUGCCACAACAAGGAGUUUUGAAUAUAACAACGGAAUUCGGCAAAAUGGUGGUUUCUCCGAACGAAAUUGCUGUCAUACAACUUGGAAUGCGAUUUGCUGUAGGUGUAGAAGGACUAACAAGAGGAUAUAUUCUGGAGGUAUUCGACGGCCACUUCAAGCUUCCCGAUUUGGGACCGAUAGGCGCUAAUGGCUUAGCAAAUCCUCGUGACUUCCUAACUCCCGUAGCUCAUUACGAAGAUAAAGAUAUAAAUGGCUUUAAAAUUCUGAAUAAGUACCAGGGUGCCUUGUUCGAGGCGGAGCAGAACCACACUCCCUUCGACGUAGUGGCGUGGCAUGGCAACUAUGUGCCCUAUAAGUAUGACCUCAGCAAGUUCAUGGUGAUCAAUUCAGUUUCUUUUGAUCACUGCGACCCAUCUAUAUUCACCGUACUGACGUGCCCAUCAACAAAACCAGGCGUGGCUAUAGCCGAUUUCGUAAUUUUUCCACCGCGUUGGUCCGUCCAAGAGAAUACUUUUCGGCCUCCCUACUACCAUAGGAAUUGCAUGAGUGAAUUUAUGGGUCUUAUUUUGGGCUCGUACGAAGCUAAGGAGGGAGGCUUCCUACCUGGAGGCGCGUCUCUACACUCUACGAUGACUCCACACGGACCCGAUACAAUGUGCUUUGAAACUGCCUCUAAAGCAAAAUUAGAGCCACAAAAAAUCGCUGUUGGUACUCAGGCGUUCAUGUUCGAGUCGUCUCUCAGUAUGGCCAUAACGAAAUGGGGUCUAGAAACUUGCCACAAAUUAGACGCGAAGUACGCCGAAUGCUGGCAAGGCUUGCCCAAAUUAUUUUCUGAUAAACUAGAUAUUUAAACUUGGAUUUAUUACAUAUUUUUUUAAAUAAAAAUUUAUAUUAAAUCACA